GACAACGUCCCUAACUCUUGCCAGUGUACAAGCACUUGCUCUACGAAAGCAGGAAGAAAAAGGACUGGAUGUCCUUGCAAAACAGCCGGUCGCUACUGCGGAGAGGCUUGUUCGUGCAGUCGACGAAAGCCGUGCAAGAACAGAGAGGUGGGGAAACAAAGCUCGGUUGAGGUCUAAAAUUCGCUGGUAGGAAGUACUAGUACAGUUUGCGAUUUCUUUUUUAUCAUGUGAAGGCUGCAUCCGUGGCAUCCCAAGGAUGGGGAUUCGUGCAAGGACCGCCAGGCCAACCAGAUAAUGGCCUUACGGAGGAGCAAGAACGGGACAUGGAAAAUCGACGAGUGAAGGUAAAAUACUGAAUUAUAAUUCAUAGUCGAUGGCACAAAAGAUAGUCUUUCAAAAAUCUCAUCUGCUAUUCCUUUAUCUAGUAAGUUUCCCUUGUACAAGUUGUUGAUUGUUGCUUCCCCUAAAUGGAGCAAAUUGUCUUUUGUUUUAGUGUCUCGUUUGUGUGUCAUGUUCUGAAGUGUGCAAGAUUUCUUAGGGAAGUCCCCUUUUUACUAGUUAUUUUCUCGUCGAUUACGCUCUUAAAAAAAUCUACGUGUCAAGCUUCGACAGAAUGUGAUAAAAAGUAAUUGUCCAACUACUCUAACAAAUUAUUGCACUAUUUUUCAACCUCACAGGAGUUUAUCCAAACCCUGGAUGAGGAGCUAGCAAAAAAACUUGCUACAAGAGCUCUACAGAGGGGAGUGGGCAGCAUGGACUAUAUAGAUAUGCUUCUUAUCCAGGAGGACCCAGAAGAUGAGAAUGAUGAUGCCGCUCUCCCAUCUUCCCUUUCUCUAUCCCCCCCAGAAGUGUCAAGUCCAGCACCACCAAACCCUGCCCAAUCUACACCUGCAUCCACCCCAGCCUCAGACUCGAGCAUUUCUGGAACAUCAGCUUCAGGUGGGCCCUCAUCUUUCAGGCCACCGCCAACAGCAUCUAUGGCAAGGUCAAGUGAACCAGUGCCUGAGUGGUGUAAAUGUGGACAUUGCCGCAGAAUGUCGCAGGAGGUUGAGAACCGGUGCUGUACUUCUCGAGACUGUGUCUCACUUAGCGCACACUUUCGCAAGCUAUGCCUGGACCCUGAUUAUUUACAAUUAAGUAUAAAGUGUUCAUGGGAUAUCAGAAACGACGGUCAAGAUAAUAGCAGCAGAGCCUUCCGAAAGGCUGCCUAUCGUCAUUAUAUAAUUGAAGAAUAUGGCUACCUUGGAAAACACAAAAGAAGGGUAUGCCCUUCAUGCUGUGUAUGGAAAAUUCGAGAGCACUACCCUUCCUCAACUGGGGUGUACAUGGGGUUCAAACCUCGCUAA